AUGGCGAAGAAUAAGACGACAAUGAAUGAUGUAUUUUUAUUUAUUCCAAACUUGAUUGGAUAUGUAAGAGUACUUACAGCUAUUUUGUCGUUUUUGACAAUGAAGAAUCAUCCCAUAUGGACUACCAUCCUAUACGGAAUUUCCGGGUUUCUUGAUGCUUUUGACGGGUAUGCAGCAAGGAAAUUUAACCAGGGAACUAGGUUUGGUGCUGUCUUAGAUAUGGUGACAGACAGAUGUGCAACUUCCUCGUUAAUCUGUUACUUGUGUGUGAUCUAUCCACAAUAUUGUGUUGGUUGGCAAUUGCUAGUAUCGUUAGACUUGGCUUCUCACUACAUGCACAUGUAUGCUAUGUUGUGCUCUGGUUCUUCGUCGCACAAAAAUGUUGAUGAAAAGUCCAAACUUUUGAGUUUGUAUUAUAACAACAGAAAGGUGUUGUUCUUUGUGUGCCUCGUGAACGAGUUGUUCUACAUGGCCUUUUACUUGCACUAUAAUAACUUUUUCUGGUUGGGAACGGUGCUCGCGUGGACCAGUGCGCCUAUUUGGCUCUUUAAACAAGUUGCAAAUGUGGUGCAAAUGAAGAACGCAGCCAUCACCUUGGCAUCAAUGGAUGCUCAAGAAAGGUCAUUAAGAAGCGAAUAA